CCUGGAUGUGUGCAGCCAGUCAUCCUCAUUCCCUUGGGCCACAGGGGGUGGUGACUCAGAGCUGGAGCUGUGUUCCUGCCUGGUGCCUGAUUUUGCUUGGGGUGUGGAGAGGAAGGAGAAUGAAUGAGCAGGAACAGAGUGGCUGCUGGAUUGUAACGCCUGGGAGCAGUUGUGGAGAACUGAAAUUGAGAAAGCAAGAGCAGGCAGCUGGGAGUCUUCCUCUCUCAGGAAGCCCGGAGCUGAGUGCAGCCUGCCCUGAGCUGAGUGUAGAUUUUAUCAGACCACCAGGAAAGACACAGUUCUGAGCAUGGGGCUCAAAGCGAGUGUGAGCCUGUCGGCAAGAAGGGAGCAGCCACAACCAGCAGACCACAACCUUCAGGCAUCCUGUGACUGGACAGUUUUCUCCAGAAAACAGUGAAUUCAUUCUUCAGGAGGAGCCACACCCACAUAUGUCGAAGCAAGAGAGAAACCAAAGACCGUCCAGCAUGGUCAGUGAGACAUCCACCGCUGGGACCACGUCCACCCUCGAGGCCAAGCCUGGACCCAAGAUCACCAAGUCUAGCAGUAAAGUACACAGCUUUGGGAAGAGAGACCAGGCCAUUCGGAGGAACCUCAAUGUCCCGGUGGUGGUGAGGGGCUGGCUGCACAAGCAGGACAGCUCCGGCAUGAGGCUGUGGAAAAGACGGUGGUUCGUGCUUGCUGAUUACUGUUUGUUUUAUUAUAAAGACAGCCGAGAAGAAGCAGUUCUCGGGAGCAUCCCUCUGCCCAGCUACGUCAUCUCCCCAGUGGCCCCCGAGGAUCGCAUAAGCCGCAAGUACUCCUUUAAGGCUGUGCACACGGGAAUGAGGGCGCUCAUCUACAGCAGCACCACAGCGGGCUCCCAGACUGAGCACUCGGGUAUGAGGACCUAUUACUUCAGUGCUGAUACCCUGGAGGACAUGAAUGCCUGGGUCAGGGCCAUGAACCAGGCUGCACAGGUGCUGUCUCGGUCGUCACUGAAGAGGGACAUGGACAAGGUGGAGCGGCAGGCCAUGCCACAGGCCAACCACACCGAGGCCUGUCAGGAAUGUGGCCAUGUGGGACCUGGGCACUCCAGAGAUUGUCCUCAUCGAGGCUAUGAAGACUCCUUUGGCUUCAACAGGAGGGAACCGGAGGAGGAACGCUUCCAUUCUCAAAGGGACCCACUGGAGGGCAGGCGGGACAGGAGCAAGGCCAGGUCUCCAUACUUGCCAGCUGAAGAGGAUGCCUUGUUUGUGGAUUUACCUAGUGGGCCCCGAGGCCAGCAAGCACAGCCACAGCGAGCCGAGAGGAACGGCAUGCCACCACCUGUCUCUUAUGGCCCAGGAGAACAAAAUGGGACCAGUGGGUAUCAGCGGACUGCUCCUCCCAGGGCCAACCCAGAGAAACACAGCCAGAGGAAGACCAACCUGGCCCAGGCAGAGCACUGGGCAAAGACUCAGAAGGGGGAUGGCAGGAGCUUGCCCUUAGACCAGACACUUCCUCGCCAGGGUCCCAGUCAGCCCCUGUCCUUCCCAGAAAACUACCAGACUCUUCCCAAGAGCACUAGAUAUCCUUCUGGGAGCUCUUCACCCCCUCCCCGGAACCUGCCCAGUGACUACAAGUAUGCACAGGACCGAGCCAGCCACCUGAAGAUGUCCAGUGAGGAGCGUCGGGCACAUAGGGAUGGCACUGUGUGGCAGCUAUACGAGUGGCAGCAGAGGCAGCAGUUCCGGCAUGGCAGCCCCACGGCACCCAUUGGAGCUGGCUCCCCAGAGUUCACUGAGCAGGGCCGCAGCCGGAGCCUGCUGGAGGUGCCCCGCUCCAUCUCUGUACCUCCAUCUCCUUCUGACAUCCCUCCACUAGGGCCUCCCAGGCCCUUCCCACCCCGGCGACCUCAUACACCAGCAGAAAGGGUCACAGUGAAGCCGCCCGACCAGAGGAGGAGUGUGGACAUCUCACUGGGGGGUUCUCCCAGGAAAGCACGGGGUCAUGCUAUCAAGAACUCCUCUCAUGUGGACCGGCGUUCCAUGCCGUCCAUGGGCUAUAUGACCCACACAGUCAGCGCUCCCAGCUUACAUGGAAAAUCGGCUGAUGACACCUACCUCCAGCUGAAGAAGGACCUGGAGUACUUGGAUCUAAAGAUGACAGGCCGAGAUCUUCUUAAGGAUCGAAGUCUGAAGCCGAUGAAGAUCGCUGAGAGUGACAUUGAUGUCAAGUUGAGUGUUUUCUGUGAACAAGACAGGAUCCUCCAGGACUUGGAAGACAAGAUCCGAGCUCUCAAGGAGAAUAAAGACCGGCUAGAAUCCAUACUGGAGGUGCUGCAUAGGCAGACAGAGCAGUACCGAGACCAGCCACAGCACUUGGAAAAGAUCACUUGCCAGCAGAGACUCCUCCAGGAGGACCUCGUCCACAUCCGAGCAGAGCUCUGCAGAGAGUCCACGGAGAUGGAAAAUGCCUGGAAUGAGUACCUGAAGUUGGAGAGGGAUGUCGAACAGCUGAAGCAGACCCUACAGGAGCGACACAGAAGAGCCUUUUUCUUCCAGGAGAAGUCACAGAUACAGAAGGAUCUGUGGAGGAUUGAAGAUGUCAUGGCAGGCUUGAGUGCAAAUAAAGAGAACUACAGAGUCCUGGUGGGAUCUGUCAAAAAUCCAGAAAGAAAAACGGUGCCUUUGUUCCCUCAUCCAUCUGUGCCUUCACUCUCUCCAACUGAGAGCAAGCCGGUCCUGCAGCCUAGUCCUCCCACCAGCCCUGUGCGGACACCUCUGGAAGUCCGACUCUUCCCACAGUUGCAGACCUACGUGCCAUAUCGACCUCACCCGCCCCAGCUGAGGAAAGUGAUGUCCCCUCUUCAGUCACCAACCAAGACAAAGCCUCAGGUGGAAGACGAGGCACCUCCCAGGCCACCACUUCCUGAACUCUACAGCCCAGAGGACCAGCCCCCAGCUGUGCCACCUCUGCCGAGAGAAGCCACCGUCAUAAGGCACACAUCUGUACGGGGUCUCAAGCGACAGUCGGAUGAAAGGAAGAGAGACCGGGAGCAGGGCCAGUGUGUGAAUGGGGACUCAAAGGUGGAGCUCCGGUCCUAUGUGAGUGAGCCAGAGCUGGCCAGCCUCAGUGGGGACGUGCCUGAGCCUUCCCUGGGCCUCGUGGGCUCUGAGAGCAGGUACCAGACAUUGCCAGGCAGAGGGCUCUCGGGCUCCAUGUCCAGGCUCCAGCAGUCGUCCACCAUUGCUCCCUAUGUCACACUCCGGAGGGGUCUGAAUGCUGAAAACAACAACGUGACCUUCUCUAGACCCAAGAGUGCCUUGGAGCGCCUGUACUCAGGGGACCACCAGCGGGGCAAGAUGAGUGCCGAGGAACAACUGGAACGGAUGAAGCGACACCAGAAGGCUCUGGUCCGGGAGCGCAAGAAGACACUGAGCCAAGGAGAGAGAACGGGCUUGUUCUCAGCCCGAUACCUCAGCCAGCCACUACCUGGAGAUCUUGGCUCAUGGAAGCGAGAACAAGAUUUUGACCUGCAGCUGCUGGAGCGGGCUGCUCAGGGGGACAGAAAAGACAAAGAAGAUGGCUGGCUGAAAGUGCAAGCCACACCCAUUAUGGAAUUGGACCUAGAACCACAAGACUAUGACUUGGACAUCAACAAAGAGCUGUCUAAACCAGAAAAGGUCUCCAUCCCCGAGCGUUAUGUGGAACUGGAUCCUGAGGAGCCACCCAGCCUUGAAGAGCUGCAAGCACGGUACCGGAAGGCUGAGAAGAUACGAAAUAUCCUCACCCGAUCAAGCAUGUGCAACCUGCAGCCCACAGGCCAGGACCGAAACAGCCUGGCAGACCUGGACUCGCAACUGCAGGAGCAGGAGCGGAUCAUCAACAUCUCCUAUGCCCUGGCCUCAGAGGCCUCCCAGCGCAGCAAGCAGGUAGCAGCCCAGGCAGUAACAGACCCAUGAUCCAGCGUGCAGAGAAGUCUGGAGCCAGGGGCCCAGCUCAACCAGCAUCUUCCUGAGACACUAUCUUCUCUGCCCCAGUGGGAACCCUUCCAACUGAACAAGGGCUGUGGCUGGAGGAGAGAGCAGCCCACCCACCAUGGUGGGUGCAACAUGGAGCAAGGACUCCAUCCUAGCACAUGCCCAUUUGUUUCAGUCCAGAUUCCUUUUUACAGAUGACAGAAGCACUUUUGAUACAUGA